AUGUCUCGCCAGGCCGGGCGCUCCACCGGCCUGGCCGUGUGCACUCAUGCACAAGCACAGGCGCGAGCACGUGCACGAGCACGAGUGCGCUCAGAGUGGUCAGCGACGAGGCCCGCGAGGUCGGCGCUGCACAUGCACUAUUUGCACGGCAAUGCUGAGCCCGGGUCGGCCGCGACUCCAGCGGCCGUGGCCACUAGCAUCACGGGCAUCAGCACUGCUGGCACCGCUAAUAAUGCUAGCACAGGCACCACCACCAGCACCGGCGCCCGCAAAGGAACUUCCCGUCCAGCCCACGGUCACGCCAACAGCUUCCCGUCUUCGCAGGGGACACCUCAACCUCAACCUCGACCUCGACCUCAACUUCAACCUCAACCUCGGCGUCCGGCUCAUUUGCAGAUGACGCAGCCUCAGAGUCACACGCGACUGCUGCACCCUCGUACGUUUUCACGGGCACAGGCUCAGGCUCGCCGCAUCGUCCAGACUCUUUCUCCCCUGUCCCCGGCUGUCGCCUCGAUCCCCACGUCGACGUCGCGCGUUUCCGCUCCCCCCUGCCCGUCCACCGCCGCCGUUUACACCACGUCAAAUCCUCUCCACCGGCCUGCGUGCUCGUCCUCGACGGUCGAUCCAGCGUCUGCCGUUGCACGCGUCCGCUGCGUCCUCCUUCACCCCUCGCCCAUCCGCGGGCAUAUCCGCACGCUGCCCUCAGUCAUGGGCUCGGCAUUGAAGCAGACGCGAGAUCAUGGCGACCAUGGUCACGGCCACGGACAUCACCACCACCACCACGACAGCACAUACCUGACGUCCGCCAACAGAAACGACCCCGGCGUACGCAUCACCCGAAUUGGCCUUGUAUCCAACUUGGGCAUGGCAAUUGCCAAGUUCGUCGGUGGCUGGGCGUUCAAUUCCAAGUCAAUGACGGCAGAUGCGUGGCACAGCAUUGCUGACCUCGCCUCUGACAUUCUCACCCUGGCCACUGUUUCCUGGAGCUUGAAGCCCCCGACUGAUCGAUUCCCCGUGGGAUUUGGCAAGGUGGAAAGCCUCGGGUCUCUGGGUGUGUCGGGCAUGCUGCUCGUCGGCGGCUUCUACAUGGGGUGGGAGAGCGCAAUCAGCCUGUACGGCCAUUUCAACCCUGAGGGCGCGCACCACAUCUUCGAGCACCUUGGCCACGGCCACAGCCACUCCCACAGCCCCUCUGAUCUAGGGAUCCCAAACAUCCAUGCCGUGUGGUUGGCAGCGGGCACCAUCCUGGUCAAAGAAUGGCUCUAUCAGGCGACAAUGAAAGUUGCGCGGGAACGCAAGUCGUCUGUCCUUGCCUCCAAUGCCGUCCACCACCGUGUCGACAGCCUCACUGGUAUCGUCACUCUGGCCGCCAUCCUCGGCGCCAACGUGGUUGAGAACGCCGCCUGGCUGGACCCGGUAGGCGGGCUGCUCAUCUCCAUCAUGGUGGUCAAGGCCGGGUACGACAACACAAAGGAGGCCUUGUACGAGCUGGCAGACCGCAGCCUCGACGCCGACGUCAAGAACUCUGUCCGAAAACAAGCACGCCGGGCCUUGUCCAACGUAAGCGAAGGUCAUGAAGCGGAGCUCCGUGACGUUAGUGGCACCAAGUCGGGACAGAAUUACCUGGUCGACAUGGAAUUGGCCGUACCCGGCGCAUGGACGGUGGACGACGUCAAAGACUUGGAGGAUGCAGUGCGCAUGCAGGUCGGCGGCAAAGUCCGCGGCGUAAAGCGGCUUCGUGUGCGGUUCGUCUCCCGGGACAAGGCUGUCGACGAGAAGUUUGACGAGUUCAUUCCAGGGCCAGAAGCCUUACAGAGGCCGGAGCUGGAGCAGGAGGAGGAGGCCGAGGAGGAGGAAAAGGCCGAGAAUGGCGCUGCCGAUGAUAAGGAUGGCAAGCAUAGACACCACUAG